CUUGAAGCUUUUAUCCUUUUUUAAACAGAAAUCACUUUCUCUUUUAACAAAAUCACAUGAGUUGCUUUGCAUGCAAUUUCAAGAUUCACAUUUUUUUAUCAUAAAUACUGCUGUUGCCUACUACUUUGUCGUAUUUAAAUUAUUAUCUACAUAAAGGUAUGGCUUAUGAUGAAAAUAAUCAAAGACAAGCUUUAAAAUCUAUUAUUCGGGAAUCAAGAUAUAUUGAUGAUAAUGAUGAAUUACUAAAUGGAAUACUUGUAAACGGUAUAGACGGACUAUAUAAAUUUCGAGAAGACAUUGCGCCAAAGAGUUUCAAAUGCUUGGAAUUAUCCUUAAGAGAUUAUUUAGCAAAGAAAAAUAAAUGUACGGCAACUGUAUUCAAUCCAGAGGAAACUAUUAAAAACUCUUUAAAAUUAACCAUUGAAGUAUCGGAUUUUAUUGAUACAAAUGAUAUAUUGUUAAAUGCUAUACUUGAAGAAGGAAUAAAAGGAUUGUAUAAACACAAAGAUGAUAUUCCACGAAGAAUAUUUAUGAAGCUAGGUCGUCAGUUGGGGAGAUAUUAACUACACUGUAAAAAAAAAAAGGGUUUUUAAAUAGCUCUAAAAGGUUUUUUACUUUGUCCCGAGGGUGGAACCCUUUAAGGGUUUUCUAGAAAACCCUUUUUUUAAAAACCUUUAAUCCGAAACUAGAAAACCUUUUUUAACUUGUACUUUCUUUUUUAUUUGAAUUAUAAAUUAUUCAAAA